AUGCAGCAAAAGAUUGUGGUGAAGGUGAGCAUGAACGGCGACAAGAAAACCCGUAAAGCUCUUAAGAUCGCGGUUAGUAUAUCUGGAGUUGAAUCCGCGUCUUUCGUUGGGUCAGAUAAAGACCAGAUAGCGGUGACCGGUGAAGGUAUAGACUCGGUUGAACUAACAACCUUACUAAGAAAAAAGGUUGGAUACACGGAGCUGGUAAGCGUUGGUCCGGUGGAGGCGAAGAAAGACGAACCAAAGCCCACCGUGCAAAUUGAUCCUUAUCAGUACUACUAUCAAAGCUAUGGCGUGCCCUAUUAUUAUUAUGUAUAUUAG